GGGAAUACCAAUUAUUUCAAUGGAUUGUCUGUAAAGAUCAGAUCAAAACAAGUGGAACUAAUCUGUCUCGUGACCUCAAACACAAGCUGAUGAAAACCGAGACCACGCGACCAUUGCUCCAUAGAUAUACCUCCAGCUGUUGAUGGUUUAGUCGGACACCAUACGUAGUUAUGUGCAUUGAAAUCAUCAAUCAUCAAAUAAGAAUUAAAUAGCAUACCAAUCUGUCUACAUUUAUCCAACUGUUCUUCAAUAAACUCUGUAAAUAACAAAAGAGCUGUGAGAAUAUAAUUCGGUUACAUUAACUAUUUUAUUUAAUUAAGUUAGUGAUGAAAUAUCUAUUCAACCAUUAGGAAAACGAAAAGGUAAAGAACGUUCAAAGAAAGUUAGCACAGCUUUAUAUUUGUAA